UCUGACAAAAGCCUUGCCUUGUGGUGGCUAACGGAUAUAUUUUAAUUGUAGCCUAUAAUUAUGCCUAAAUCAGUGGUAACAUUGCGGUACGGUCCAUACGAGUCGUGUGGUAUUGUAGAGCACAAAACAUUUCGCCUGGACGGUUUACAAGCUGUCUUAAAAGACGCUGGCUACCAGUGUGUCCUCGAGAAAACAGAUGACUGGAAUAUAUUAGAGCUCAUUGUCAAUGAAGAGUGUGUCUACACUUGCAACAUUACUGAUCUUGAGUUUGGGGGUGAUGGACGACUUGAUCCGCGGUGCCAGGAGGCCAUUGACGCCGUGAGGAACGCAGGUGUAUUGAACGACAUGCCAACAAGAAAAUAUAUAUAGCCUAUACCGAAAAGGGUGACAUUUUUGUCCUCAGACCCCAGGACAUUAUGUGUAAAAUUGCAUUAAAAUUAACUCUAAAAAAUAUUUUAUUAUUAAGCAAAAUGUCAUGCACAUUAAGCUAACUAAAAAUUUAAAACGUAUUAUUAAUAACAACACAGAACACAAAAAAAUGGCAUUUUCUGCAUGUCCCAACUCUCUAAACUUUACCAGGAAAUAUUAUGAUUACAAUCCUUCAGAAAUCUGAUUUUUCUUUCAUUGUUGUGUGACUUUAUAGCCAAACUGCUUUAAAAUGAAAAAAGAAAAAACUUUGAUCUAAUAUUUUAGAUAAAAUACACAUUUUAGUCAUAUCCCCGGGUUUCACUAUUACAUCCCCCCUCUGAAAAACGUAGAACAUUCCACAAGACACAUUUUCAACUGUGAGUUGCAUCAUCUGGAUCAUCUGAAGGCGACUAUAAGUCACUCCUCUCAUUUUCAUUUCUGUAUAUUUGAUGAAAUUGUAACUAUGAAUGAGAAGGUCAAUCAGUCCUGUUACCUAAACUUUUUUAUUAGAUUUCUUUUUUUUUAAUAUGAACUUUUAGUAAGGCACUAUGGCUGUGUCCUCACGCUAUUAGCAUCAAUGCUAUGUGGCCAUAUGCCAUAUAUUUGAUAACUUUUUGCUUAAAAACUCAAUUCUGUUACUUUCAGUCCUGUUACUAUUUUUUUCUUUUUCUAAAAAAAUAAAAUUAAACCUCUAUUUUUAUCAGUUUUG